AAGCAGGUGGUGUACAAAUGUUCCAGUAUUCUAAAAAAAUGGUUAAUGUUUUCUUUCUCCUUAAAGGAAAUUUGGAAACAAAUAAUCACCAUGACUACAUACAAAGAUGAAAACGGCCACUGCUACGACUUGACUUCUUUCAAAAGAGGAGAUUUGUUGGAGGUACCUCGUACUUUGUUCACCCAUUUCGGUAUUUAUCUAGGGGACAAUAAGGUGGCACACUUGAUACCAGACAUUCUCCCUGUGUUGACUAAAAACAGCAACAGGAUUCAACAAAUGGUGACCAAUGACAGGCUUCUCAUGGGCGUAAUCUCAAAAAUAGCCAGUGUAAGGGUUGACACUGUUGAGGAUUUUGCAUAUGGGGCUGCCAUUUUAACCAACCGUAUGGACAAAGUCUGCAGUAAACCACCAUUAAACAAUGAAGAAGUGGCAAGAAGGGCUGAGAAAUGUAUAGGAUCAAUAGAUUACAGUCUUCUGUGGAAUAACUGUGAACAUUUUGUGAUGUACUGCAGAUAUGGCACUGCUGAAAGCUUCCAGACCAUUCAGUUCUGUGAAGCUGUGAGGACGAUUUUUAUCAGCAAGAAGAGCGUUCUUGUCACAGCUGCUCUCGGUCUGGCUUCUGUAUUUUAUUUGGGAUUGGAACCUUACACUGCACUCCCAGCCUUCUUCAUCCCAUUCACUCUCUGGAUGGCUUCCUAACUUCAACAGGAGGAAAACAAAACUGCAUUACAAUACUGUACCAGUACUCUUCUUAGCGUGUCAAAUAUAGUUUUGAUCAUAGCUAUAUCUGAACUUGCAGGGGAUUAUUGAUACUAUCCUGAUUUACUGUUAUAUUCAAAAGAACAUGGGACUUGUAGCUUAAUAAAAAAAAUAAAAGCCCUUUGGUAUAAGAGACUUUAGAAAAAUACACAAUAAAUAAUGCAACCAUUGCACAGGAACAAAGUGGUAAAUCUG